GCAGCAUAUACACAACCCCGCCUCUCACAAUGCCUCAAGCUCAGCCCGAGCUUAAGAAGUACCUCGACAAGAGGCUCUUCGUCCAGCUCAAUGGAAGCCGAAAAGUUAUCGGAGUUCUUCGCGGAUACGAUGUGUUCUUGAAUAUCGUGCUCGACGACGCAGUUGAGGAGAAGGAUGGUGGAGAGAAGGUCAGAAUAGGUAUGGUGGUUAUUCGUGGCAACUCGGUUGUUAUGUUGGAGGCACUCGAGAGGAUAGGCGGCGAUCGCCAGGACCGCGGAUGAGCAUGCAGUAGGGAUGUUGGGAUAAUAUGCAAUUUGCUACGGAGGUGCGGCGUGAGCGGUGUCAAAAGGUUCAGACUGGACCUACACAUACGGUGGGGUUGGACAGUGACGCAUUGGGCGGAGGCGUAAAGGCUGUUAAGCUUAUAGGCAACAACAUACGAAUACCAUGGGAAGACAUCGCGCCCACCUGCAACUCGCUUUGAAUUCUUACGUAUAGUGCAGUGACAUGGUGAAUUGUGGGAGAAAAUCGGUUGAGCCGUUGACAGCACACCGACAUUUCGAAUGAGCUGCAGGUACUGCAAUGCUAGAGCACAAGCAGAAUAAUCGCACCAUAUUCACAAAUGCGGCUUUUUUGACUGCCUGGAAACAGAAUUAUGUUGAGCAGCAUAGCCACAAUUACGCGGCCUUCGGGUUCUAUUUGGUGUUAACCUGGUCGAGUUG